AAAUGUUGAUUGACAACCAAAAAAAAUGAUAUUGCUAAUAAAUUGUAGGACAUCAGUUUACUGCUGAUAUAGUUUACUGCUAUAUAUGGGCCGUGAUAAAAUACUAUGUCGCAUUGUUAAUCAAUGCUUUGUAGAAUAGUACAUAAACAAUUCUAAUAUGAACAGGACGCGUGCGCUCUUGCUUUGAAACAUAAUAAAUUUAUACAGUAGUAACUUAAAUAGGAACUUAUCAACUUAAAGUGUGAAAAACGGGAAGGCGAAUAUAAAAUAUAGUAGCAUAAAUAUACCAGUUCUUAAGAUUUAAUUGUUAUUUUAUAUCUUUUUAAAUAUUCUCAGUCAUGUCAAUGUCCUCAUCGCCCGCUAAAGUUCAAGAUAUCAAAGUGUUUGGAUACUCCUUGCUGCACAUUAGGCUGUGUUGGUACAGUGUGUCGUUCUUACAUCUGCUGGUGACGGCCGUGGUCUCCCUGUCUGUGGAUGUGACAGUCGACGAGGAUCCCAUGGUCAGGGCCUACAGCCGCGUCCGGUGGAAGCUGAUCACGUUUGUUUUUAAUGUGGUGAUUUUAUUCUACUUGCCUCUGUAUUUGUACUGCGAUCUUCAAGAGUACUACGGCCAGUUAUCGCCGCGUGUCGAAAAGCUGAGGAGAAUUUUAAAUGAAGUUAUGACAGUCUUCUUGGUACCUGUGACUACUUUUUCAGAUGCAUUAUUCUGGCUAUUAUAUUGCACGAAACCCGGUAUAAUAGCUCCACCGCGGUUGUUAAAGUACCUGCCGUAUUGGGCGCAACACUCACUGCACACCGUAUCCAUGGUAACCGUGCUCAUGGACCUUAUCCUCACACCAAGAAGUAGACCAAGAAAUAUGAGAAAACGAGCGCUCAUACUUAUGUGUCUCGGUAUAAUUUAUGAUCUCCUAGUGUAUGCUUGCAAAUUAAAUGGUGAAUACGUGUACGCGAUUCUGGAGACAGUGAGCUUCACCUCAGAGAUAUUAAUGUAUUCAGCAUUCGUCUUGUCACUUCCAGUUAUAUACUACGCCCAGUGGUACUUCAUAGAACUUGUGUGGGGAAAAAAUGGAACGAAGCUUGGAAAAUCAAAAAAAGAUACAUAGAGGAAUAAUAUUCGUUUAACAACAAAGACAGACAACUGACUUUCAAUAAAAAACGACUGAGCCGAACUUGGUGACAUUUUAUGGGACCAAAUGAUAGCUAUAUCACAUUAAAUGAAAAGGAAUUAAUAAACGCGUCAUCCAGUCCAAAGUUCUGAGGUAAGAAAUAGAAAAACAAUGGAAACAGACGAAUUGAGAACCUCCUCCUUUUUGGUCAGUUGCACCGACAUUUUAUUUCAUUGUAGAUCAGGUUAUUCAUUUAAUGUUUGUAAUGUGGGAACUAGGGAAAUAGGGAACUGGAGAAGUAGAGUCGAAGAUAAAGCUCGGUAUCGUGCCCUUGGAGAGGCCUGUAUCCAGCAGUGGACUGAGAUGAGCUGAUGAUGAUGAUGAUCAUUAUGAAGAAUGCAAUAAUGUACCAAACGUCGCGUAAAGGUCAGAGCCAAGUUAUACAAGGCCAUGCAGGGUCAGACACCUCAGUAGCUUGGUGCGGGGACUGCUGAAUCCAGGAAGUCUUGCUUGAGGUUUAUAUAUUUCCUUUGGUUACACUAUUUAUAUUUGUAGUCUCACAUGCAGUCUUAUUAUGCCAACGGAAACUUAACAACUAGUCCUCUAAAAAUAGAGAGACAGAAAGAUAAGCUGUUACUAACAGUUAUGACUAAUUAAAUACUCACCUCCCUUUUGCACAGCAACGUACCAGCAAACAGAACACAAAAUAAAAACACAUCAUCUAUACCAAAAUUAAAAACUUUAUUACUAAAAAAAUAUUUACAAAAAUUAUCACCGUAUAUUCUUAAUGUACUAGCUACAUAAUAGUUCAGUACAGUAUUCAUAGUACUAGUUACGAAUAAAUACCUAAUUGAGCAACUAACGAUAGGCAAGUAUAUGCUAACACAAUAAUAUGUGUACAUUAUGUUUCCUACGAACUGGUAGGUACGAUACAUGUCAUACAACAAUAUAAACUAUAUAACCCUAUGUUAAUAAGGCUAAGGUGCCACUAAUGACUCAAAUGUUCAACCUACCACUUUUUGAACUAAGACUUGAAAUCGUGGAAGAGGGACAACGCUAUACGAGAAGUACGCUGUCUUGUUUCCGCAAUUGUCAAAUUAGAGCUUAUCAGUGGCGGUCUUUAGACAUUUGUAUACAGAUUUUUUUAUGUAAAGGCAAUUUUGUACUGUAAAGGAAAAUGUUUUGACCAAUUCUUAAUAAAUUGUAUUUGACUCAUUUUUGAAUUCUUGUUUCUUUGUAUUGAUUUCACAGCCUCAAUUUAAAUGUGAAUAUUUAAGCUUUUUUUAGUGUAAGAAAGUCUAAGCAAUUAAAAAAAUGUUCGUACAAAAAGAGCUUAGAAAUAAAACAGGUCUGGAAUAUUUGAAGACUGAAAUUAUUUUGGAAACUUAUCACAGUUUUGUUACCUUUGGACCCUUAAACCUAGUUACAUAUUUUGUAUCUUUACAAAUAUUUUAGAAGGCAUUUUUUUAAACAUUUCCUAUCCCAACUAAAAAUAAUAUUAGAAUGCUAAAUAAAAUAUAAAUAAAUUGCUUUUUUGUCUUUGUUCAAGAUUUGUCACAAUCACUCAUGCUAAGGCAAAAAAAACUUCCUCAAUUUUGACAUCUUUUUUCGUACAAAUUUCAUUCAUACUUUUCUAAUUUAAAUGGCAAUAACGAAAAAUCAGCUCACAGUUAAAGAUUACGUUUGAGACUGAAUCUGCGCACGGCGUAUGUGUGAAAAAUGCUCGUGGAAUAAUCAUUUAAGAACAUUCAAACUUAAAUUAAUGCCGUCCUAAUUUAAAAAUGUUCCCUGAUUCUGACAAAAAUAAAAGACACAGUCAAUCUGUCAUCUCAAAGAAUAGAACUGACCGGACUAAGAAAAUUACAAAGAUGGCAUUACGAAACGAAAUUUUGGGCAUUUUCAGCACAAAAUCGACCAAUUCCGAUUAAUUAGGUACCUAAUUUGUCAAAUUCCUCUUCAAAUUGCCUCAAUUAUGUAUGUGUAAACGCCUAAUAAAUAUCGUCAAGCAAAAAAA